GAGCUGGACGAAGUUGGUGGGGAAAUGGCGACGUGUGACAGAAAAAAACAAUAGAAGUGGGCGGCGGAGGAAGGGUUAGAGCAAGCGAGGUGGGCAAGAAAGUUUUCAUAAAGCCGAAGUGAAGGGUCCUGGAAGUCGAGGGCUGAGAGACCGGAACGCCACAUCAAGAUUGAACAGAUUGGCUGGAUCCACCAGGACCUGGAUGUCAUCCUCCUCUGAAUGUGGAAGGGAAAGUCUUGUGUACGUCCAGACAGGGUGGACAGAUUCCUGAUGAAGGACUUUUACCUGAACCGUCGAUUUUCCUGCUCCUCGGAUGCUGCCUGACCUGCUGUGCUUUUCCAGCACAACUCUAAUCUAGACAGUAGUGAACCAGUUGUGUUUUUGAGAGUCUGGCAGCUUUCGGGCUCACUUUGCUGAGUGUCAACCCCAUAAAUUGCAACAUUCAUUCAGCUCGGUGUCAGAGUCCACCGUUGUGUUUCUGUGGGGGUCCUCUCACUUCACCUUGUUACUGUUUCAAAUCAAAGUCAGAGGAUAUUAGAGCAAGGAGAUUUGCAGUCGGGAAACUACAAAGCAUCACAUCAGGAUCCGACUGGGGCAGCCAAUUUACCUUUAACCUGAAUAUCGUCGGAUUUUGAACAUGAAAGGAGAGAGUGCCAUUCACAGCGGGGAGAAACCGUACGUCUGUUCUGUGUGCGGACGAGGCUUCAGCCGGUCCUCGGGCCUGUUGAGGCAUCAGCGCAGCGACAUGGUGGAGAAACCGUGGAAAUGCGGGAACUGUGGGAAAGGAUUCAAAUCCCCUUCUGAGCUGGAAACUCACCGGCGCAGCCACACCGGGGAGAGGCCCUUCACCUGCUCAGAGUGUGGCAAGGGCUUCACUCAGUCUUCCACCCUGCUGAGGCACCAGCGCGUUCACACCGGGGAGAGACCGUUCCCCUGCUCGGAGUGCGGGAAGGAAUUCACCCGGUUGUCCAUCUUGCUGAGACACCAGACCAUUCACACCGGGGAGAGGCCGUUCACUUGUUCGGACUGCGGGAAGAGAUUCACUCAGUCGUCCACCCUGCUGAUACACCAGCGGCUUCACACCGGGGAGAGGCUGUUCGCCUGCCCUGAGUGCGGGAAGGGCUUCACUCAGUCGUCCAACUUACUGAGACACCGGCGCGUUCACACCGAUGAGAGACCCUUUCAGUGCCCGGACUGUGGGAAGGGCUAUAAAAGCUCCGGGGAACUGAUGUCCCAUCAACGUGUCCACACGAAUGAGAGACCGUUCAGGUGCUCCCACUGCGGAACAGGGUUCAAGCACUCGUCCCAGCUCACUGUCCACCAACGUGCUCACACCGGUGAGAGGCCAUUCACCUGCUCCGAGUGCGGGAAGGGAUUCACUCGGUCAUCCCACCUCCUUGGGCAUAAGCGCGUUCACAAGUAACAACAGUGAUUACAUACUGCGGUUUUGUCACAGCCACAUCCAUUGGCAUCUGUUUAUUGCUGACGUUGAUAAGCUCCAGCCCAGUUGUAGGUGUUAGUAUUCCAGAUAAAAGUCAAAUAAAUCAAUUUUGCGUCAACA